AUGCACGGGCUCCUGGAAGAUGCGCUGGACUCCGGAGACGUACUGGAACUAGAGAGGGCCAUCGUCAGUGCACAAAGCACUCUCUUUGCAUCGCCGCAGCAGCGGCGUGAAAGCAACUACCUCAGUGGUGCCUUGCUGAAGUGCAGGAAGGCGCUCGUUCAGCACCUCGAGGAGUGUGGAUCGCUGUUAAAACCACUUCGGCGAGCCUGCCGCAACCUCGACGAGGAGGCACUGAACGACGCACUCCGCAAGGUCCAACUUGCACCCUCUGAACUGCGUCGUUACAUGCGUACCGACAUUCAGCAGGCCGAGGCGCUGCGUAGCCGCAUGCGCCGUGCUGCGGAGGAAGCACACAUGCUUCUCAACUGCAGUGAUUGGCGAGAAAUAGAGCACUUCCUUGACGCGAACACGGCCAUACUUUCUGAUCAAACGGUCGUAGCACUUAUGCGGCGAAGGGAGGCUCUCUUCGCACAACGCCGUACAAUGCCCGUGGCCCCCUUAGUGCAUGUGCCAGUGUUGUCGUCAGCGCCUUUUGCUACCGGCUCCUUGCGAAGAGGCGAGAGUAAGGAGGUCACUGAGGCCAUGGGCCAGGGAACGCUAGAACGUGAAGAAGAAUGUCAUCGUUGCGUGUUAGUGAAGGAGGAGCACAGUCAACGUGUGUUGUGUCUGAAGUCGGUGAUGGAUGCACUGGCGUUGUUGCUGUCGUCCACCGGCAGUGAUUCAUGCACGUCGACGCAGCGUUGUGAGGCACAGGUGGAGAAUGCAACGACGCAGCGGGCGACGCCAGGCUCAUCCCAGUCGAACAGAUUGCGGAGCAGCAACAGUUGGGGGUUUCCUACGAGUACUGCGGCAACGCCAAAUCUUUCGCCCAUAAAACUGAGUUUGCUGAUAGAUUCCGCCCCUCGGCCGCAACAGCGGCCGCCUGCACCCGGCACUUCGGCCGCAGUAGGAGAUGCCGACAACAGUUUAGAUUUUGCCGUGACGCGUAGAGCCGCUUCUUCCAUGUUACGAGAGCCCCAGUUAGUUGUGUCGCCGGGAGUGUUGUCACAAAUUCGUGCCUUGACGCAAGAGGAGGAAGUUCAUCGUCAUGACUUGGAGGGGAGCGAGAGCUUUGAACGCAGCGUGUUUCUUCUUCCAAUGGCUGCACGAAGUGUCCUCCUCACACGCGUCUUGCCGCGACGGCAGUUGUAA